AUGUUCGCAAAAACACUUCGCAUUGCUCGAUCGUCGAACAAAACAGCCACGAGUAUGUACGUCAGGCGAAGUUGUCCGCAACGUCGUGCCGCCUACAUCGCCGUCGACGGUAAUGCACAGGAAUGCAUUCCAGGGCCAGAUAUGUGCGCGGAUGGUUUCGAAUGUGUUCGAAGUGUUAAUGGGAACGGAAAGAAUAUCUGUUGCAGUAAAGAGAACGAGUGUGGUGAAGAUGAGAAAAUGAUCAACGGUACGUGUGUGGUCCAAAUAAGGAUCGGUGGGCGUUGCCAUAAGGAUGAGGAAUGCAGUGGAGGAAGCGAAUGCAAGUCCAACAUGUGCAGGUAA